AUGGAGGAACAAGCUACGGAUGUCCAGAAUGCUGUAGGUAAUGCAGAUGAGGACGCCACGCGAGACCGAGCGCCGGACUCUCAUGUGGCAGCAGAUGAGAUGAUGAAAGACGGGGAUACCGAGCUCCCCUCUGAAGACGAGGAUCUGGCAGAUCGUCACCCUGGAGUGCCCCGGGCGUCUGAUUCGCACUCUUCCGCCGGAUAUCCGACAGGCAAUCUUACCGACGAGGACCGCAUUGUGGCCGCCUGUUCUGAUCCAGAUCGCCACUUGCUCAGCGAUCCAGAACAGGGAGCAGACAUCAUCAAGUACUCCAAAUCGUGCAUUGUCAAAUUCGGCAACGUCUCGGCCAGCGAAGCAAUGAACCAACAACUUGCACACAGAAUCCUCGAUCCGAGCAUCGUCCGUGUUCCCGAGGUGCAUCACCACUUCACGCGAGACUCUGACGGAUAUCUGGUAAUGCAAUACAUCGACGGUGCUCCUUGCGGUAGUCAAGUUGCCCGAGAGAACGUUGAAAAGAUCGCGGCUGCAAUCAAGCACCUGUGGAGUCAGAGCGACCUGCCUGUGCAAGCGCCAGGCCCAAUUGGCGGUGGUAUGACACAAGGAAUGCUUUGGGAGAAUGAAGAGAUCGAAAUCGAAGAUUUGCAAGAUCUUGAGAAGUAUUGGAACGACAGGCUUCUGGGUCAGAUGGACCACGUGCGGUUCGAGAGCAGUCAGCUAGCCUUUGUUCACUGCGACGUGGCACCUCGCAACAUCAUCUGGAGCAAAGACGGCAUACCGACUUUGCUAGACUGGGCUCAUGCGGGCAUAUAUCCGAGAUCUUUUGAGCGCGCCACACUAAGUCUGAACACGCAGCAAGGCACGAAGGUGGAUUUUUCAGACUCCCUGGCUGAGCUGCUCCCACUAAGUGAGGAAGAGGAAGCCCAAGUGCAGCAGGUGCUACUAGGCUAG